CAGCCAAGUCAAGGGAGCUAGAAGUUAAAUUAAUAUUUUACAUCAGAAGAAGUGAUCAUUUUGUAUUAAGAGGACUUUGUGUUUUGUUUUUUUGUUUUUAAAUCAGUAGAUUGAGAUUUUAUUGAGACAAAAUUAUAAAACUUUUAUAAAACAAUCUAAAAUGUUAGUGAGUUGUUCUCUAAAGCUUUUGGCAGAUUUUCAAAGCUCCACCCUUAAAAAGUAAAGUCAUCUCUUUUUUUAACAUGUACCUGCAUGUCUUCCUUCAAACAGGAAGCGAGGCUGAGCUGUGCUGAAGAGUUACACAAGAAGCUCCUGAAAUCUGAGACUUUCUUCGGCCGUUUUGCUAGAAAACAGCACUUUAUCGAUGAGUGUCUUGUUGUUACAUCCUUUUUUAUUCUUUUAUAUUUAUUUUAUUUAUUAGUCUCAUGGUCCAAGGAUCAGGCAACAAAGUGCAGAGAGACUGAGAUGGUGAAUUGGAAACGCUGUCGGUGGCUCAGAGCUGAUUUGCACCAUUCUGUAAGUGCUUUUACUGGACAUCUGUGGUUGUUCAUAAUCAAAGUUUUGAUGGACAACAGAAAGCGGCUAAAGGAAGUGUUUGCCUUUGCACUGGUGAUGGUGCCAGUGAUGGUCUUUGUAAUAUAUUUCAAUGCUGAGAGACAGACAAAACAUUGGAGGAGUCCAGUAUAUAGAAAAUCAAAGCUGCAUCAUGAUCCAUGGGAGGCUCCGUCACCUGAACCUCACUGGGAGGACCCGGGACCGUAUCACGUGGCCUAUCCACGGAACUACAAAUUCAUCACAGAUGACACUCAGACAUGUAAAAACACCACUCCGUUUCUGCUCUUAAUGAUUCCUGUUUCUCCCAGUGAUUUGAAAGCCCGGUCUUUGAUCCGAAGGACGUGGGGAAAGGAGAAAAUGGUUCUGGACAAGCUGGUCGAGACAGUCUUUGUAGUGGGCCUGUCUGGGGAAAAUGGUGCUCAGCAGGAGAGACUGAAACAGGAGAGCUUGCAGUACCAUGACCUCAUUCAGAGCAACUUCCAGGACAGCUAUCGCAAUUUGACCAUCAAGACUAUGGUCAUGCUGGAGUGGCUGUCAAAGUACUGUUCCAAAGUUUCCUAUAUUCUAAAAAUCGAUUCAGAUGUGUUGCUGCAUGUGAAAAAUUUGGUGGAACUUUUGCUUAAUCCCAAUACACCCAAACAAAACUACAUGACUGGUUUGGUCUGGUGGCACAGCCCAGUUUUAAGAAGUCGAUUCAACAAAUUUUACAUGCCCAUAUCUGUUUUUCCUGAGCCUGAGUACCCCCCCUAUCCACUGGGAUUUGCAUACGUCAUGUCCAUGGAUCUCCCUCCCAAAAUCCUAAAUGCCUCACUUCAAAUUAAACCCAUCUUCAUUGAAGACGCCUACCUGGGCAUGUGCCUGAAGCACCUGGGUAUUUCUCCCACCAACCCCCCUGACGAGACGAUGUUUCUUGUGAACCCUCGGCAUCUUCUAAGCAGCUGUAGCCUCUCCAAGUUGAUUGCUACGACGACGACGAGUGUUUCACAAAUGAACUGGUACUAUGUCAUGAUAAAAAAAGGGGUUCGGUGCUGAGUUUUUUUUUUUUUUCAAAUGUUCUCAGUGGGGGGAGCAAAUAUUUAGUUUUUCAUUGGAUCAAUGAGGGAAUCAUGUAGCUGAUGCAAGUAAUUCAUGUCCUUGUGGACAACAUGGGACUACUUUUUCAUUUCUGGUCAAGAUGGAGAAACAUUACACUUCUGAAAAUGUCUGUUGCAUUAUGCACAAAAAGCAGUAGCAAGCAGGCACAUUUUAUGUAAAGUAAUUGCCUGAGUCAAAUGAGUGCUUUCAACAGAUGAAUAACACUUUUACUGUUUGAUCAACCCAGCAAGAUGAAAUGGUURAAUGUGGUUUGUUUUGUACUUUUGUUUUGUACUUUUGAGUUUCUAGGAGUGCAGAAAAGUUAAAUUUAGUCUUCCUCAGUGCUGCACAGAUAGUUUUGCAUUAUUUUUUGAUCAUAUUUGCUCAGCCCGUUCAGUUUUCUCUAUUUUCUGUGRCGUUUUCUGAACUAUCACGCCAAAUUAUUUGCGACAGAACUGCCAUAAGUUUUGGACUUAUGAACUAUAAUUUGAUCAUCUUCAUUCUCCUCUGUCUCUGGGUCAGACUUAUGCGCAUGUAAGAUUGGAUGGACAAGUCUUCCCUUGUUGACAUCUUUUGAUUAAUUUGUAAAUUAAAAGUUUCUGAGUAGCUAUAURGUCAUGAACCCCUCUAUCAAAGUAUAAUCAACCGCUCUGGUAGCUGGAGAGGGGCGGUUUUUGAAGCAUCUUUGUUGAAUUUAAAGAGACARCUUCAAAACUAAAUCUGGGACAGACCUCAGAGAAGGGGGAAAGAGGUACUUGUGGAGUURCAACAAGGGGGAAUUCAGACCAAAGCAUUGCAGUUCCACUUUAAGUAGACCUCAACUGCCUGAUUUAAAUGUAAAAAGGGGAUUCAAAGCAUGAUCCUUUAAAGCCAUAUUUGGAUUUGCCCAAAAUAAAAUUAUAAAUGAUUUAUUYUUUUGUACAAAUUGCAAAUGUUGAUUGGCAUUAUGUUGUAUAUUUUUUUUCCAAGUCUGUAACAAGAUGUUUUGCAAUUUGUAUUUCCUCACUCAUUUGACGUUGAUCUUGUGGGUUUGUAAACUAUGCUAAAUCACCCCUGUGGGUUUUUCAGUUUGGUUGUCUGUUCUAAAGAAAUUGAGCUAAAUGUUGAAGUGGUAGAAGCUGAGCAUCAUCCCCAUCAUGUAUUCUGACCACAAACAAGUUACGAAGCAUAUUUAUUUAAAAAAAAUGUAAUACUGCAUUUGGGACAUAUUAUAAUCCAGCUGGAAUAAAACAAUCUAAACAGAAACUAUAAGGCAUCUCUAAAGGAAAUUGAGGAAAUUGUUCUAUUAUAUCUUUACUUUUAAUUUUUGCCUGUGUAAAAUUGMCUUUAUUAUUGUGUAAUAACGUAUCUACCUCAUAAAGUUAAGUCCAGAAAUUUUUUUACAGCUUUGUUUUCUCUACCAACUCUACUGCUAAGAUAAAAGUCUGUUACAGUUUUAGAAUUGAAACGAGUGUGUUGCUUUAAGUUAAAUGGUUUUCCUCAUCUGUUCUGAUMGUUUUGUACAUUUCUUUUCAAGAUAAAUGUUUAAUAUUAAAAAUGCAAACGUUUUUAUCGUGCGUUUUAGUUUGUAAAACCAAUCAAUUUUCUAUUUUGGACAAUACAAAUGUUUGUUUCUGUAA